AUGGGGUCGAUUGCGAAAGCGAUGAAAGUUGCUCUUGAGGCCACAGGCUAUUCUGAAUUGCGUGACUUUCAAAGGAAAACAAUCGAAGCAUAUCUGUCGGGGAGGGACGUUUUUGUGUAUGCUCCAACCGGAGCCGGCAAGAGUCUGACUUUUGAGCUGGCUCCAUACACUUUCGAUCGUUUAUUUGGAGAGAAUUGCGAUGCCAUCGUGUUGUUGAUUAUCCUGUUGAUUUCUCUCAUGAAAGAUCAGGUUUCAGACUUAAAUUCCCGUGGCAUUAGAGCAUCGUACGCAGCCUUCCUCGACGAUUGGAGGCUUUCUCUCACUCCGUGA